AUGAACCUGGAUGGGAACUCACUGUCCACAGUGCCAGCCUUGCCCACCUCCUUGCAGGAGCUCAAACUCAACUGGAGCUGGGUACGCUCCAGGGGCAGGGCCCAGAGGCUGGAGCGCUGCAGUCUGCUGACCUGCCCCUCUGUCCGCCCUGCAGGGCUCAGCCAGCUGCUGACACUGGAGGUGGAAGGGAACCAGCUGCAUGAUGGGAACAUCUCUCCCCUGGCCUUCCAGCCCCUACGCAGCCUGCUCUACCUGAGGCUGGACCGGAACCGGCUUUGGACCAUUCUGCCUGGCCUGCCAGCCUCCCUGCAGGAGCUGCACCUGAGCACCAACGCCAUCGAGGAGGUUUUGGAGGGUGCCCUGAGCCGUGGCCGCGGCCUCAGCGUGCUGGUGCUCAGCAACAACCGGCUCCAGGAGGACCGGCUGGCGCCACGCGCCUGGAUCCAUCUCCCGAAGCUGGAGACCCUUGACCUGUCCCACAACUGGCUGGUGCACGUGCCUUCCUUCCUGCUGCAGGGCCUCCGGCGCCUGGCGCUGCACCACAACCACAUCGAGCACAUCCCCGGCUACAUGUUCACGCACAUGAAGCCAGGCCUGGAGUUCCUGCACCUGUCCCACAACAGCCUGCACGCCGAUGGCAUCCACAGCAUGUCCUUCCUGGGCCUGCGCACCUCCCUGGCUGAGCUGCUGCUGGACCACAACCAGCUGCAAGCCAUCCCGCGGGGCCUUCUGGGCCUCAGGGGGCUGCGUGUGCCGCGCCUGAGUCACAACAAGAUCAGACACGUGCCCCUGAAUUCCAUCUGUGACACACGUGUGGCCCAGGACUCCAACCUCAUCUCCACGCACCUGGAGAACAACCUCAUCGACCGGUGCCACAUUCCACCCACCGCCUUCUCCUGCAUCCGGGCCUACCACAGCGUGGUCCUCCAGCCCCAGCAGGGGGAGGGGGAGGGCUCCUAGCCCCACCCUGCCAGCCUUCUUCACCCCUGCUCCUUUGGGACUGGUGGUGGUGGGGGCCCAGGCCCAGCUCCACUUGAACUUGGCACCACUGGGAGAAAGAUCUAGAAGACCCUGAUGCUUCAGAUGUGCCCACUUCCCAUUGACUGCUGAGGCCCCUUCACUUAGUAAACGGCCCAGUGGGGUGCCGUGCUGGUUUGGACUUGAACAUAAUAAAUGUAU